UGGGCGUUUACGACUAUCUGGAAUUAAGUGGCAUGGGGCAGAGGUUUCGUGAUUAUGUCGCGCGACCUGCGUCAUACAGUGCUUUUGUGAUGUCAGUGAUUUACUUCACUCGUUUUCGCGACAAGAGCAAGUGUGCGCUUUUCGUGAGAAAUAAUAAGCUCUUUUACAAAUCGGAGAUGAAGUGGGUGACUGCGCUUUUAGCGCUUUCAUUUGCAUUUUUUCUUUCAAAUGCUACACAUGGUUCUAGACUGGAAGGGAGUCUUCCAGCCAAUGAGAGACAAGAGUUCUUCUUCGUUGAUCACAACCACGAGACGAUUUUGACCAGAGAAUGGAGUGACAAGGUGCAUAUGAUUAAGAUUCAAAUUCCGUCCAUGAAACUUGAUGUGAAGUUCAUUUACGACAAAAACUCCAUUGAUGUUGACAAAAACUCCAUUGAUGUUGACAGCAAACCCGAUGGACACCAGAAACCCAAGCUUCUCGAGGUAUUCACUUCCUUUUGUUUGCGACUCCAACGAUUAACUUCAGCCUCACUUGAUAAUAACUAGCGCAGUUAAACUGGAGCAAAUUGAAAGAAAAUGGAAAGUUUCCGCUUCUUACGACUCCCGUGGCAUGGAUUUUGUGACCUUUGGCAGCAAGUGAGCGCUCUUACAAGAAGUAUCAUCAGUGCUUAGGGGGAGCGGGGAUGAUGCGGUGUUGAGAAUGCUCGCCCCCUUCUGCUGUGGCCCGGGUUGGACUUCCAGACCUGGCGUCCUAGAUCCGAGGGUUUUUCUCUAGGUCUUUCGAUUUUCCUCCCUUCACAUAAACCAACAUUCCAAUUCGACCUGGAAACGGUGUACAAGAAGAGCUAACUGGUGGGAUGUUCACUGCUAAAUUCCCAUUCCCAAUUCUCAGUAUAUCACGACUUCCGGAGAUUUACUCGUAAGCGGUCGAGGCGCACAGGAUAAUGAUAACGAUUCUAGUUCUGUAGAUUUGUUUUGACGGACGACAGAAUCUCAGUUCAGCCUCUGGGGAAAACAAGUUUACAGUCCUAGUUUCUAUUCUGUGUUCUGCUGACAGUUAGAACUCUAAAUACAUUCAAAUUAACAAGCAUAACAACUUCUACG